AACUUUCGAAAGAGAGAAGGAACACGGAAAUCUAUCCUCUUAUCCUAACCCAGAACCCAACAAUCCAGUAGUCACCACCACACAAAUCCCAAAUUCUAAACCUCUAGAAAACGCAUAAACUUUAAACGCUACAGCACACUCUUUAUCAAACAUGGCUGGACUACUGGGAACUUCUUCCACAGUAAGAAUCUUCGCUUCUAAACCCUUUUCUUCUCAGUCUCACUACUCCAAGACUUCAUCUUUCUCGCUCUCUCCGUCUUCUGGGAUUAGUCCGGGAAAGAAGUGUUUUGGAGGAAUUGGAGUUAAGAAAGAGAGGUCUAAAUUCCACGUUUUAGUUUCCAAUGUUGCCACUGAAAUUAACCCUGCUCAAGAACAGGCACAAAAGCUUGCCUCGAAGGAGUCCCAGAGACCAGUUUAUCCAUUUGCAGCUAUAGUAGGACAAGAUGAGAUGAAAUUGUGCCUUUUGUUGAAUGUGAUUGACCCGAAGAUCGGAGGUGUGAUGAUAAUGGGAGAUAGAGGAACAGGGAAGUCCACAACUGUUCGCUCAUUGGUGGAUCUACUUCCUGAAAUUAAAGUAGUUGCCGGUGAUGCAUUCAAUUCAGAUCCAGAUGACCCAGAAGUACAGGGCAUGGAAGUUAGAGAAAAACUUAUGAAAGGUGAUGAACUCCCUGUCAUGUCAACCAAAAUCAACAUGGUUGAUUUGCCAUUGGGUGCCACAGAAGAUCGAGUAUGUGGGACAAUUGACAUUGAAAAAGCCCUUACUGAGGGUGUGAAGGCGUUUGAGCCUGGCCUUCUUGCAAAAGCUAACAGAGGAAUUCUUUAUGUAGAUGAAGUUAAUCUUUUGGAUGACCAUCUAGUAGAUGUUCUCUUGGAUUCUGCUGCCUCGGGAUGGAAUACUGUUGAAAGGGAGGGAAUCUCAAUAUCACAUCCUGCCAGAUUCAUACUCAUUGGUUCUGGAAAUCCAGAAGAGGGAGAACUUAGGCCACAGCUUCUUGAUCGUUUUGGAAUGCAUGCACAAGUUGGGACUGUGAAGGAUGCAGAGCUUAGGGUGAAAAUUGUGGAGGAAAGAGCACGAUUUGAUAGAAAUCCAAAAGAAUUCCGGGAAUCUUACAAGGCAGAGCAAGAAAAGCUCCAGCAACAAAUUUACUCUGCUAGGAGUUCUCUCUCUGCUGUUACAAUCGAUCAUGACCUUAGAGUUAAAAUCUCGAAGGUCUGUGCUGAGUUGAAUGUUGAUGGAUUGAGAGGAGACAUAGUGAGCAACAGGUCCGCGAGAGCUUUGGCUGCUCUUAAAGGAAGAGAUAAAGUAACUACAGAGGAUAUUGCCACCGUCAUCCCCAACUGCUUGAGACACCGACUUCGUAAGGAUCCUCUGGAAUCAAUUGACUCGGGCUUACUCGUGAUUGAGAAAUUCUAUGAGGUUUUUGCCUGAGGGAGAUAUGGGAAAGUGAUAUAGGACACGAGACCAAGAGCAAAGCAUUUCUUUUUUACCUUAAAAAAAGUUGCAAACAGAAAUAGCUGAAAUAACCAUUUUGCCUCUUGAUAAUAUGGUUGAAUGGCACUACAAAUUUGUUUAGCAUUGGGGAAUUUGCAUCAGUGUAGUCUGCUAAUAUCGUGUCGAAGUUAUAUGGUCUGGCAAAAUGUGAAAGUUGAUCAUUUCACUAGUCGGCAUUGUUUAAAAUCUUUCGCUUUGCCAUGUUCAUCUAAAAAUUUCAAUCAGUGGGAGAGAGUUUGUAGGGAGGAAACUAUAGGAGGGGGAUGCAUGGUUGCGAAACCCUCGUUUGUAAAUCAAUUUUUCCUGGUUUGUAUCAGAAACUAAAUCUUUUACCAGUUA